CAUAGUUGAGCUUGCGUAGCGGAGCACGCGGACAAGCAUGCGGGAGAACGAAGGGGUCGUUGGUGGGUCAGCCGGUGGCCUCGCCUCCGUAGGGUCGCCGAUACUGGAGGCCGGCCCGAAGGCGGAGGCGGCGAAGCUGCUGCCUUUCCUGGCGCUCGGGGCGCGGGCUGACCUGCAGGCGGCGGCGGCGCAGCAUGUGCUGGCGCUGACCGGCUCGGGGCCCGGCCGCACGCUGCUGGCCGGCCAGGCGGCACUGCUGCGGGCUCUGGUCGAGCUGGCGGUGGCCCCUGCUCCAGCCCCGGCCCGAGACGCCGCUCGCGCGCUAGUCAAUUUGGCUGCCGACCCUGGCCUGCACGAGCCGCUGCUGGCGGCCGAGCCCGGACUACCUGCCCGCCUGCUGGGCUGCGCUUUGGACCCACAGUGGCCCUGGGCCGAGGAGGCGGCCGCCGUGCUGGCUAACCUCAGCCGCGAGCCGGUGCCAUGUACUGCGCUGAUGGCGGCGCUGGCGGCCGCCGAGCCCGGGGAGUCGGGCCUGGAGCGGCUGGUGCUCGCGCUGUGCACUCCCGGCUACAACGCCCGCGCGCCCCUGCACUACUUGGGGCCGAUGCUUUCCAACCUCAGCCAGCGUCCUGCGACGCGCGCUUUCCUGCUGAACCACGACAGGUGCGUGGUCCAGCGUCUGCUGCCCCUUACCCAAUACCCGGACUCCUCGGUGCGCAGGGGCGGGGUGGUGGGGACACUGCGAAACUGCUGCUUCGAGCACCGACACCAUGAGUGGUUGCUUGGGCCUGAGGUGGACAUUCUCCCCUACUUGCUACUGCCCCUGGCUGGGCCUGAGGACUUCUCCGAGGAGGAGAUGGAGCGGCUGCCCGUUGACCUGCAAUACCUGCCACAAGACAAGCAGCGAGAUCCUGAUGCCGACAUCCGCAAGAUGCUCAUUGAGGCCAUCAUGCUGCUGACGGCCACGGCACCUGGUCGGAAGCAGGUGAGGGACCAGGGAGCCUACUUGAUCCUGCGCGAGCUGCACAACUGGGAGCCAGAGCCCGAUGUGCGGGUGACUUGUGAGAAACUCAUCCAGGUUCUCAUUGGGGAUGAGCCAGAGCAUGGCAUGGAAAACCUGCUGGAGGUACAAGUACCUGAGGACGUUGAGCGACAGCUGCAGCAGCAGGACCGCCAGGAGCAGAGCAGCGCGAGCGGUGCGGCAGCAGCUGGAGCUGUGGCCCCAGAGACGCGCUCAGAGGGAGCUGCACCCACCUGAGGCCCGCGAAGCCUGCCGCCAGCUCUGGGCCCACCUUUGCUCGCCAUCCGUCCAGGCCUCCCAGACCGGGUCUGUGUGCAGCCGCUCGCAGGCCUCUGGGUCCCCUGGCUCUGUGCUCUGUUGGCUCCAGCAAGAAUGCUGGUUGCUCAGAGGAGGACUGUUCAGCCAGAGCUGGCCCAACCCUAUGACUUGCUCAGGUAUCUCCACGGGGAUGGCCAGCAGGGCCGGACAGAAAAACACUGCAAGCCCAAGGGGCUAGCUGGAGCUUCCCAGUCCCAACGGUGCUACAGGGGUCUGGGCAUAGGGGGGCACCCAGGUGCUUGCAGUGCCCCUUGGUACCAGUCCCACCCCAGGCCCCUCCAUCCUGGGGCCCUGCCUGAGACCCAGCCUCAAAGGGCUCACCUGUUGAGGUUUUCACCAGCCACAGCCUGUCGUGGGGUCUACCCAGGGCUGCACCCCUGUGGCCUGUCCUCGGAGCACUUGCUGGGUGUUGCCUCCCCUUCAUGCUCCCCACCUUUCCACUUGACCUGUGCCCAAACCUGCCCUUUGCUCUUUGCAAGCUCCUCAAGUCCUAUUUCCCAGUCCUGGGCUGACCUGAUGCCCUCGCUCUCCCCCACUAGCUAGGCCCUCUCGCUGGUCAGCUUGCCUGAGCCUCAGCUCCCCAGAGCCCCUUGCCUGCCGAGCUGAGAGCCUCCCUGAUGUGCCUGCAGCCUUGCCCUGGGCUCGUCUUUCCCCUGACCACCCUCCAAAGCUGGAGACACUCCACUGGUGCGCCCAUCAAGGCUGGCUUCUUCGUGGGUGCCGGGUGCCUCCCUCCUGUGCGGUCCCCUCUCUCUUCCCUCCCUCCUCCCAGAUAAAUGAAAGCUCUGGCCUGGAGGUGUGUGGACUGUUUUCCAGAUGCCCCAAGGCCCGCGGCCCUCUUCCUGCGUUGAGAAGUCCACACCGUUGGCUCCACAGGAUAAACGCUCUAUUUGGCCUCACCCCCACCCUCCCGCCCACCUUCAGUUAACCAAGUAGUGUCCAGGCACGGUCCGGAUGGCAGACAUGGAGCAUGGCGACAGCGGAUGCCUGGAGGGGCUCACCGCACGACUGGCCGUCUCCGUGCUCCAGAGUCCCAGCCCGGCAGGGUCGCACCUCGUCUCGGGGGAGACUCCGUGGGCUCGGGCGCCGGACCAGAGGCACUCUCAAGGGGGGUGCACUGUUGCUGGGGUCGCCGCAGGUGCAGGAGCGGCCUUGGGGGAUCUGAGUCCGCGCUGGGCUCCACGUUGUCUGGGGACAUUGGGAGCUCGGACUCCUCAGGCUUCUUUGCAACUGACCGGAGUGGGAGGGUCAGGUGGGGCGCUGAGGAGCCGCCCACCUGCCCACACUGGUGGGCAUGCAGCACCUGGUGUGACGCCGCUGAGCACGGUGCGGAAGAGCGCAUGUGCGGCGGGCAGCCUCCCGUGCUGCGCGGCCACCUGCUGCAGGCCCAGGCACGCUCGCGGGCGCAGCUGGCGCAGGCCUCGGAUUAGGUCCUGGCACUCUGCGGGUGAGGGCUCAAGGAUGUGGCCUACAGAUGCCACUGCUCUCUCGCGCCCCAGCCCGCAGCCAUCACGGCCAACAAUGCUGGCAGCUUGGAGGGGUCAUCCCAUUCAGUCUUCCCAAACGGCCGUAGGGUGUCCAUGUUUCACAUGUGGGGAGACAGGCAGAGAGAGGUGAGGCGGCCUGCCCUGGGCUAGUGCAGGGUUCAGGCUUAGCGGGGCCACCAACACAUUUCCACCUCUCUGGACCCAGCUCUCUCUUGCCGCCCACCUGGGUGCGGGCUGGGACCGGGGAGGGACACAGGGUGGAGGCGCUCACCUGGGGACAGGCCUGGCCGUAAGAUGGGGCCCCGGCGCAUCAGGUACAGCAUGCGGUGGGACUGGCGCUCCUUGAAGGGCAGCUUCCCGGUCACCAUGGCGUAGAGGAUGACACCUCUGGGGGCGUGGGCUUCCCAGGGCGUGCCCCCUCCCCUCCCCUCCCUAGGGGUCCUGGAGCCCAUGAGGUGGCGCUCCCUGGCUCCACGGGUCAGCCUGCUCCCCGCUGUACUUGCGCGUGAGGACCUCCAGGGCUGUGUAGGCCACAGAGCCGCAGAAGGUGCUCAGCCGCGAGUUCUUAAGCCCCUACCGAUUGGCAAAGCCGAAGUCUGCAGGGG